UCAACGUUCUGCUGCUGCUGCUGCUGCUCGAGCGACGGACGACGAGGUGGGGUCGCGCGCUGGCGAUGGCGAGGAUAAGGAGCUCGUGCGCGCUCGCCUCAUUGAUUGAUUGAUUGAUUGAUUGAUUGAAGGAUUGAUCGACCGAAGAGAGGAGGAGGAGGAGGAGGAGCGAGCAGCAGUCGCUGAGCUCGAGACGAAACGAGGCGUGGCGAGGUGAGAUUUGAGAUUGGAUGAGAUGAGGUGAGAUGAGGAGCAGGGGCUGCCGAGGGAGCGCGAGGGAAGGCGGGGCGAGGAGAGGAGACGGGAUUUUGUGCAUUUAGUGGUGAUGGGGUUGCAGCAGCUGGCGCUGGGAUUCGGUCCCGGCCAGGCUUCGGUGGUCGUUUCGAGCCGGAGGAGUGCAGUGGGCGAUUGGGGGAAUUUUUCCACGAGGCCGCAGCAGCAGCAGCGUGCUUGGAGGAGGAGGACGGGCGAUUCGCGAGUAGGGCAAUGCAGGUGUUUAGCAGGAGGGCCGGGAGUGGGAGCAGCAGCAGGGGUUGUAGAGAUUGUGGAGAAAUUGAAUGCUUUGGUGCUCGGGGUGGGAGUGGGGUUGCCCUGUCAGGUGAUGGAUUGUGGGGACGUGGUGUACCGAAGCACGCUGCCCAAGCAGGGAUUGAUUAUCACGGCUCCCGGAGUUUUUUUAGCUGUUCUCAUCGCCACCUAUUUGUGGGCUCAACCUGGAGUGGCUCCUGGCUUCUGGGACAUGUUUGUGUUGGCUAAACUCGAGCGAAUUAUCCGCCCCUCGUACAAAAAGGAGGACUUUGCUUUGGGGAAGAAGCUCGGAGAGGGUGCCUUUGGAACAGUGUACAAAGCCUCACUUGUAAAGAACAAGGGCGGAAAGUCUGAAUCAGAGCUGGUCGUGAAGAAAGCGAAUGAGUAUGGAGCUGUUGAAGUCUGGAUGAACGAGCGUGUGCGGAGGGCUUGUAGCAGUAGCUGCGCUGACUUUAUUCACGGCUUUCGUGAGACUUUGAAUAAAGGUAAAGGGGAAGAGUUUUGGCUAGUCUGGCGAUACGAAGGUGAUGCUACUCUCGAUGACUUAAUGAAGGACAAGAACUUCCCUUAUAACGUGGAGGAGAUGAUAUACGGAGAUGUUAAUGAGCUACCGAAGGGUCCAGAGCGAGAAAACAGGAUUAUAAGGACGAUGAUGCGCCAGAUCAUGUCAUCACUGAAAAAUCUUCAUGCAAUCGGCAUCAUACAUCGGGACAUCAAACCUCAAAACAUCAUCUUCUCUCAAGAGGCCAAAACGUUCAAGAUUAUUGAUCUUGGUGCUGCCGCUGAUCUACGAGUGGGGAUUAACUAUGUGCCCAAGGAGUUUUUGCUGGACCCUCGGUACGCCGCACCUGAACAGUAUAUCAUGAGCACCCAAACUCCCUCAGCACCCCCACCACCUGUAGCAGCUGCACUGUCACCAGUGCUGUGGCAGAUGAAUGUUCCGGACAGGUUUGAUGUGUACAGCGCAGGACUCAUUUUUCUCCAGAUGGUGUUCCCAAAUCUGCGAACCGACAGCCCCCUGAUCCAGUUUAACCGCCAACUGAAGCGAUGUGAUUACGACUUGGUGGCAUGGAGAGAGUUGACCGAGCCUCGUGGAAACGCCGACAUUCGUCGGGGCUUUGAAAUUCUAGACUUGGAUGAAGGAGUGGGCUGGGAGUUGCUGCAAGCCAUGGUGCGUUUCAAAGGCCGACAGAGGAUCUCUGCUCAACAGGCCCUGGAUCACCCGUACUUCAUCCGUGACGGACUACUGGGAACAACUCUGCUGCAGAAGCUGCGGUUACAGCUCAUCAGAGCCAGCUUCCAGGACCGAGGUGAAGCGUUUGCAUGGGUUCAAAAUCUGAUGGCAAAAUCUGGAACCAAAAGCGUCGGUGGAUUCACCGAAGCCGAGCUACAAAAGAUGAAGGAGAAGGAACCAAAACCGAAAGAUACAUUACAACGGAACGCCUUGGCCUCUGCUUUGAGAUUGCAGCGGAAGGUAGCGCGGACAGUGGCAGAGACUGUAGUUGAGCCUGCGAACAAGAGGAACUGGUGGAACCGUUGGGAGUCGAAGGAGUCAUGAAUUAGUCGAGCUCGUCAGGUUGAGAUCCUGGGAAGAAAGACGACGAUGAUCUCGUCCUGAAUUGAAGAGUCUAGAUAAUGGAGUGCAGACCUUGAUUCCUACCUUCUGUGUCUGUGCUUGGAUCUGGAGCAAAGGGAACAACAAUAUUCUGGAGAAUGCAGCUAAGAUCAUCCAGAUUGUACUGUAAAGCCCUCAUUCCAGUGGGGGUUAUGUCUUCCAUAUUGUAUCAUACAUCAAAUCUAGGGGUACACAGCAAGCGAUUGCUUGUUCAAGUUUCUCCCAUUGUCAUUCUCGUGCUAGUUUAGGCUUUUGUGAUAAUUCUGAUUUCAUGUAAAAAAUUCUUGGGCUUUCUGCAUCAUUAAACUCU